AAAUAUUUUAUUUUCUUUUAUCAAAAGUUAGACUUAAAGUGCAACGAAAUUGAAAAAAGAAUUCGCCGAUUUUACGUUCGACGUUGUAUUCGACAUAGAAUAGUUAUUUCGAAUUUGGUAUUCGUCGAGGAAUUUCGAAGAAUUCGAAGCAUUUGGAUCGAGAACGACCGUGAAGAAUAGCUGGUCUUCUUCUUCUUCUUCUUCUUCUCUCGCUUGUGCCUUUUUCCAGACGUUUUUUCUGAAACACGUUCUAAACUACACAACUAAGACUUCGGUCAAAGAGAAAGGAAGAAAAAAAAGGAAGAAAGAAAGAAAGAAAGGGGUAGACACAUGGAAGGUUUUCUAUUUCCGGCUCUAUCGACUCUCGACGAACGAAAGUUGGCGAAAAAGUUAGCUCAGUCUACUAUCUCCUCUCUUCGACGAUAUUAAUUUACAUCUCUUGUCUCUCCCUCUCUCUUUCUAUUUUCUUAUAUGAUUCCUCAAGAGAAAAUCAAUCGGAGAGCGUACAAUAAGAAUAUAUAGGAGUGUGAUAGACGAACCACAAAAGUAGAAAGCCGAGAAACGACGUGGCAUACCGCAAACUCACUUUUCUGAAAAUACGACGAAUGAAUAAAAGAAAUUAUAUUUACUGUACGAUUUAGUGGUAAACCUAUAUAUAAAGUGUAUUAAAAAAGGUACGAUGGUACCCAAGGGAUAAUAGAGAUACGUAAGAACCUCUCAUCGAGGAAGCCACGAACGAUACGAAUGUGAUAUCUUUUUUCUUUUUUAUUUAUUUUUUCUUUUCUAUUACUAUUAUUUUUUUUUUCCUUUCUUCUUCGAGAAAGGAAAUUGUUUGAUGGUUGACGAAGAUGAUUUUUAUUAAGAGAAAAGUGAAACGAGUGAAAAUCGACUCGACGAUACCGAUAUCGGAGUGACUCUGCUAAGCAGCCGGUAACUUCGAUACUCGAAACCACCUGGUUGGUAAGAUUACACCUUGGGGAAACGCUUCGGCUUUUGCGCAAGUAGCCGAAGAGAAAGACGGAGGCGAGGAUACGGAAAAGGUAGAAAAUAACUGUUCGAAAAAAAAAGCAAGAAAGAGAAAUACCGGUUGCAUCGGGACACCCGAUAGAAAGGGUAGAUCGGAAGAGACACCGACAUUCGAUUGUCGUAACUCGUAGAAGAAGGAUCGAUUUUUCUUUGAUCGAAACAUCUUCAUGAUCAUCGUUUCGCCACAGAUGGCGAAGUUUUUCUUCGUCGAUGCGACGAAGACCUGUUCGCAGGUGUCGAUAGUAGGAAGAAGUUAAAGAAGAAAAAAAAAGAAGACAUUGGCCGAAGAGAUCCCCGAGCCGGCUGGAAGCAUCCAGGACGAUGAGGAGAGUCGUCAGGAUGUCGUCCUUGAAUCUUCCUUUUUCCGUAUGAAGGACAUUUCUAAACAUGGAUUGGUUGUCGCGGUGCGUCUGUGGCUCGAAGAAGAAAGAUCCUGAUGAGGAAGAGAAUAGAACGAAGGAGACGAAUAAUAAGAAGAGUAAGAAGAAGUCGAAGAUAUCGGAAGAUUCUUCUUCUUUGAUUCCGAUCGGUAAUAUUUCUUUGAGUUGCGACGGCUCGCGUAACGUUGACGAGGUUAGAAAAGAGAACGUGAAGGAGAAGAAAGAUCAUCGUUUUGAGAACAAUCAAAUAUCAUUAAACGAGAAAGAUGCAAAAUUAGAAAGAACGAUCGAUCGAGAUGUUGAAGUUCCUACGAGCAAUGAUCUUCUCGAAUCUAAUUGGACGACUAACGAGGAAAGAUUCAGUCGCGAGAAUGAUUUCAAUAGAUUGAUCGAAAACGAAGAAGUUUGGUAUCGUACAGAUCACUCUGCAUAUAACGACUCGAGCAACGCAGAGGAGGAGGAUGAGGAGGAGGUGGAGGAGGAGGAGGAGGAGGAGGAGGAAGAACAGACGGAGAUUCAUCAGUACAGCGAUGAUUCUUUGAGCAAAGAUUCCUCGAAGGAUAAUCGAUCGGUAGAGGACGAAGAAAUUUUUAGAAAAUCUCUCUCGAGAUCAACGACGGCGUCCGUCGGUACUUCUAGUCCUGCAUUUGACUUGUUAACCGGUGAAAGGCAAGAGGAUACCUUUUCGGAGAAUUCGUUGAAGGUUUUUAGAGCUAGAAGAAACGAAGAGAGGAUAUCAUCGAGGAUCAACUUUCCUAGCAAGAGUCCUUGUAACGGUUACGACGUUAGAUCGAAGAGUCGAGAGAAAUCUCCGACGACAACGAACAAGACAAAGAAGGACAGAAUUAGAAGAUCGAAAUUAAGCGGCGCCGUUGUUGAACGUUCCAUCUCAGUUUCUCAAAAUAAAUCUAAACGAAAGUGCGAAGAAAAUGGUGUCUCUAUCCUCGGUGAAAUUAACAAGUUUGGAUUCGACGAAUCAUUAACCGUGAAAUCGGCUACCUUCGAUAAGAAAGAUAUUAAAAAGAAGCUGAAUUCUUGUAGCUUCGAAGUGAGACUUCAAGAUGACGAGGAUCGUCAAAGAGAGAGAGGAAGGAAUAAGGGAAGGGAAGGGUCCAUGAUACCAAGACCUUUUUCUCAUAAUCGUAUCAAGGGGGAAAUGAUAGCUCGUGUUAAGUCGGAAAAGGAAGAAAACGGUCGCGUUCAUUCGGCUAUCGUCUCUGGUGUCAAUUGGGAGCAACGCACCGUAACUGUAGAAUGGUUCGAAAAGGGGGAAACCAAAGGGAAAGAGGUGGAGAUCGAUGCAAUUCUUGCCUUGAAUCCCGAAUUAAAUAAAAAGACGAUGGGACCACCGCAGAUGAACAAUGUGGUAGAAUUAGUAGCGAAGGACUCUUCCGGCGAGGAGGAUGAGGGGGUUGACGAGUUGGAGAACCAAGAGGAGGGUUCACUAGGACGGCAUGGCGGUCACACCGCAAGAAACGGCCUUACAUCCGCAACGCUUCCUGUACGAGUCACAUCUCGUCUUUCGUACUCCACGAGACCGUCUGUUCCAGUAAAAGUGAAUACGAGACAAACAUCACGACAAACAGGUCGACCGACAAACAUUAUGGCUCCAGUAGCUUCGGUAAAUGGUCAUGGUGAUUCCGUUUCUGGAUUGACGGGAAGACGAGAAUUGGAGAACAUACCACCAACCCCGAUGACACCGUUAAACGUUACGGCUGCGACUCAAAGCAAGCAAAAGCAAACUCAGCUGCAACAACAACAACAACAACAACAACAACAACAGCAGCAACAGCAGCAAGCACAGCAGCAGCAGCAGCAAGCACAAAUGGAGAAUGGCAGAGGUAGACGAUCCAAUGUCGUUAAGGAAGUGGAGAGACUGAAGAAAAACAGGGAAGAAAGGAGACAACGUCAGGCGGAACUUAAAGAAGAGAAAGAGGCUUUGAUGAAUUUAGAUCCAGGCAAUCCUAAUUGGGAAUUUCUUGCCAUGAUUAGAGAGUACCAGAGUAGCAUUGAAUUCAGGCCGUUGCGAGAAACCGAUACCGUUGAGGAUCAUCAGAUCACUGUAUGCGUAAGAAAACGACCAUUGAAUAAGAAAGAAGUGACACGAAAAGAAGUCGACGUUAUCAGUGUGCCCAGUAAAGAUCAAAUGGUAGUUCACGAACCAAAAGCCAAAGUAGAUUUGACGAAAUAUUUGGAAAAUCAGAUCUUUAGGUUUGAUUAUGCUUUCGACGAAACUUGUAACAAUGAGAUAGUCUACAAGUACACGGCGAAGCCGUUGGUGCAGACAAUUUUUGAAGGUGGUAUGGCUACAUGUUUCGCUUACGGACAAACUGGUAGUGGAAAAACACAUACCAUGGGCGGUGAUUUUAAUGGUAAAACGCAGGACUGUAAAAAGGGUAUAUACGCUAUGGUCGCUAAGGAUGUCUUCAAAUGUCUUAAAAUGGCGAAAUAUCGUCCAUUAAAUCUAGUUAUCUCUGCUAGUUUUUUUGAAAUCUAUUCUGGAAAAGUAUUCGAUCUCCUGGCGGAUAAAGAAAAGCUAAGAGUGUUGGAGGAUGGGAAACAACAAGUUCAAAUAGUCGGACUAACAGAAAAGGUUGUAGAGACGUGCGAUGAAGUAUUAAAAUUGAUACAACAUGGUAACAGUGCUAGGACGAGUGGACAAACGAGUGCAAACUCCAAUUCUUCGAGGUCGCACGCGAUAUUUCAAAUAAUAGCACGAACCGCGGGUACUCAUAGAGUACACGGGAAAUUUUCUCUUAUUGACCUUGCUGGAAACGAAAGAGGUGCUGAUACUUCUUCUGCGAACAGACAAACGCGUAUGGAGGGUGCUGAGAUAAAUAAGUCCUUGCUAGCGUUAAAGGAGUGUAUUCGCGCUUUAAGUCGUAAAGGAGCACACUUGCCUUUCAGAGCAAGUAAAUUGACUCAGGUGUUAAGGGACAGUUUUAUCGGUGAAAAAUCUAAAACGUGUAUGAUAGCGAUGAUUAGUCCUGGUAUGAGUUCUUGUGAGCAUUCCUUAAACACGUUAAGGUACGCAGACAGAGUAAAGGAAUUAGCUGCAACCGAUCCAACGGAGAUAAAAGUUUCACCUACGGACGAUGAUCGAGGAUUGAAGAUAGAAGAACAGGCCAACAAUAGUGUUCUCUCAGACAGUGAUUUAGCACAACUUCGAUCUUUGAAUGAAGGUGAACUUUCGCAAGACCUCUAUACUUUCCACGAAGCAGUUUCUGCUCUACAAUUGUUAGAAGAGGAGGUAUUGGAUACGCACAAAAUGGUAAUGGACAACACGACCAGAUUUCUCAAUGAAGCGCACAGCGUUUUCAGUGCAACUCACGAGGUGGACUACGAUCAAGAAGAUUUCAGAAGGAAAAGAACAAAGUUUGAGUCACCCUACCUGAGGAGCUUCUCGUUACAUAGACGUCUGAUAGAAAGAAAACUAUUUUCGGAUGCGUAUGCCCAGAAAUGGGAGCAGUUGUUGGUGCAGCAACGUGACAGCUUGAACACUGCAUUGGACCAAGUCAGUCAAUUCCGGAGCCAGUUACUGCAAGAAGAACAAAUCAGUCAGAAGAUGACGCGAACACGCAACUCGCGAUAUAAUUAAGGAUCCUUACCAAGAGUUACGAAAAAGACGAGAAAAUAUAAAAGCACACAAACACAUUACCGGAAGGAAAGGCGCCAGCAAACAACUCGUAAAAGAUGCCCACAUCGUGUCCUCCUCUUGUCGCGUGUCAACUCUUUCUGCUAUUGGAAGAGUCGGAAACAACAGUGUAAUUUCGUCGUCUGAGAUUAGCACAGUUACCUGACUGCAUACAUAUAUUAUCGACACACCUUUCUUGCCUUUUGAGAUAAGAACAAAAAUACUCUCUUUCUCUAUCUCUUCUCUCUCUCUCUCUCUCUCUCUCCUCUCCUCUCUUUCUCUCUCUCUCUCUCUCUUUCUCUCUCCUUUCUCUUCUCUUUUCUCUUUUUUCUAUGUCUUUCUCUUUCUCUUUUUUCUCUCUUCCUCUCUCUCUCUCUCUCUCUCUUUCCUUCUCCCUCUCCCUCUCUCUCUCUCUUUCUCCUUCUCUCUCUCCAUUUUAUUCCAAUUAAAAUCAAGAGAAGAGAUCCUAUUUUUAAACAAAAAUCAGUAGAAGAAGAAAGAUAUAAAUAUUAUAUUAAAAAAGAGAAAUCUUUUUGAAAUAUAACUACACAAUUUGCAGUUUUUUCCAGGAAAAGAGGCCGCCGAUACUCUACUUUUUAGCACCAGAUUUUAGUCAUCGGUACUGUGUAUUCCGAUGUUCCUUUAUGAAUCGCUAAUACUGAUUGUAGACAGACCAUACCACAUAAAUAUGAUGUAGCUCAUUGACGAGAAGAAAUUUGCAAGAUUAUAAUAAAAGGAACAAAGAUUCGAUUGACGUUAGAGAUACAUCCCGGGGGAAAAAUAAAAUAAAUAAAAUAAGAAGAAACAGAAUAUCAAAGAAAAUUAGUGGCAAUCUAACGCAAGAGAUGAUUAUUUUCAAGCCAAAACAGAACACCCGUCCAAUUGGAUUAAUGAUGAUUUUCUAAUGCCGACAGACAAACGAGUCGUGUCUUUCUUUUUUUUUUCCUUUAUGGCAUUUUAAUACACCUGCUAUUACCGAAAGUUUUCUGUUCAAACUGUCUUCGAAACUUUCGAAUUAAUUGUCGCUUUUCCUUCUCGAUAUAUUUUUAUUAUAUGCGUUUACAUUUCAUAGCAUUUUUUAAUUUCGUCCUCUUUUGUAAUGAUUUCUCGUCAAAAUGCUAAGAUCGUACAGCGUCGUUUAAAGAGUUAUCGUCAAACGAGUUCUGUGAUGCACUUUUCUUUCCCGCGUAUACUUUUAUUAGACUUGGAACUCGUUUGUUCUCUACAUAUCGGCGAUGUUCAUUCGUUCGUUCGUUCGUUUAACGGCGAUAUUUAAAAAAGUAUAUCGUAACUUCCACAUUGAUACAAUAAAUAAGCAUUGCGAGGUAUCACGAUAUUUUCACAACUACGCAUAGAUACCGUAGUAUUUUACCAAUUCAUUUUAUUUGUCCAAAAUACUGUGAUAGACUUAUUCUGAUCGCAUUGUUUCCUGUAUCGGGUGAAGAUUAUCAUUGUUCCUCUCUUAAUUGAUAACAUUCAUUGUAAUCCCACAUCAAACUAUGUGAGCCGUAUCAAAAGUUGGAAGAUAGUCCUCGCUCCAAGAGAUAUUAAAACAAAAAAUUAUAAUAAUAUAAUAAUAAUAAUAAUAAUAAUAAUAAUAAUAAUAAUAAUCAUAAUAAUAAUAAUAAUAAAAUAAUAAUACAAAGAACAAGAAGAAGAAAAAAAAGAGAGAGGAAUAAAUAAAUACAUAAACGUGAAAAUGCUGGUACUCUGGGUCGUGAUUAGUGUGGUUGAUGAAAUAACGCGUAUGCACCGUACUAGAAGUUAACCAACUAAAAAUCCAAACAAAGUGAUGCAUAUAAAAAAAUUAACAUGUAUUUAAGAAUAUAUUAUAACCGCUAAGAAGAAAAAAAUUAAAAUAAUAAUAAUAAUAAUAAUAAUAAUAAUAAUAAUAAUAAUAAUGAGAUAUAAUAAAAAAUACAUUAAAAAUAGGUCAUUUCGUUUAAAUAAGACGCAGGACGUUCGGUGUGUUGUAAAACAGAUUUCAUUUUAAAUUAAUUAAGGACUGUAUCGUUAUUAUUGCAACUGUUUUAGGAGAGCUAUUAUAUAAAUAUAUGCAUUAAUGAACAUGAGAAAAUAUAAAAGUAUCGAGAACGAAUUCAAGAUUACUACGAGAGAGAGAAUAUGGCAAAUACGUGUGUGCUAGAGUGUCUGGAGAUUAUUUUCGCUUUCAUACACUUUUUCACAUCGUUAAUUGUCUGAUAAAUUAAUUUUAACUUCGAUCUUACGAGAAGCUUUUAUCAUUGCGAAGAUGCAUUAUAUAUACAAUAUGUAUAUUCCCGUUAAGACAUAGACAAAUUUUAAGGUAUUAAUGUGCGAAAGAAUAUGCAUGAGAGACAAAAAAUGGAUGUUCCUUUCAAUUCGAAUAGAAAAUUGUUUUUCUUUUCCUUUUUUUUUUCUUUUUUUCUUUUUUAAUCAAAGAGGAAGGGCAUGUAUUACGCGAACAGAAUGUCACGGUGUGUUGAACAAUUUCUAUGAGUAAUAUAUGAUUUCUAUGAGUAUAUCAAUUCUAUUUAUCUAUUAUUUUCUUUUCCACGCUGUAUAUUUCUCUCUCUCUCUCUCUCUCUCUUUCUUUCUGUAUGAGUACACACACACACACACAUACCUGUAUCCUUAUCUUUUUAUCUUUUCAGCAUCAUUAAUAUUUAAUAUUUGUCAAACGCGCGUAGAUCCUGUUUCUUUAAUUAGGAUCUUGAACAAUUUUAAAAAAACUAAGUCGUAGGUAUAUAGACGAUCACAGUCUAUCGAACAAUAUGCGAGUCAGUUCGUAAGAUUUAUGCUUAUAAUACCAAAAUCAAGAUUAUCACUAGAUAAAUAUGUGUGCACUUGUAUUAUCACGCAAAACACAAACAAAUAAACAGACACACACACACACACACACACACAGAAGACAUUAAUUUACAAUUAAUACAUUGAAUUAGAUUCUAAGCGUAUUUUCGCGGGGGACCCAGUGUACUAUCGGAUAGAACAAGCCUUAGUGUAUGAAACAGUUUGAACAAAAUAAGAAAAUAGAAACAAAUGAAGUAAACUUAAAUUACGGCGAUUUACAUGUUACACACUUAAGUGAUACUCGCGUUUAAACCAAAUAACGACUGAUUUCAAAAGUAUAACAAUUUAGAUGAUAAUGAUAAUAAUAAAAAAAAAACUUGCACGACGGUGAUCGAAAUCAUCGAUCACAAAUAUUUUAGUUUCCUCGUAUCGAUAGUGAGUGAACAAUAUAUUGAACUUACUUUUCUUUUUUUAUUAACAUGUUUUUUCUAACAUUUUUUUUUUAAUAUUCUUGUUGUUUCUCAUGUAACGAUCAACUAAAUAUGCGUAUCAUGCUCUGAAAAAGUUAUAUCCUCGUAUAUAUAUUUCUUCUCGCUCACAUUAUACUUACUACCUUGUCACUUUUAAAGGCAUAUUAUUUAUUAUUUUUUAAGAGCUUCUGUAGCAUAAACAAAUCGAUGCAUGCAAAAGGAUAAUCGCUCUUUAACUUGUACAUGUCACAUUAUUAUACGUAUUAUUACGCUAUGACAGGAAAAAAAGAAAAGAACAAGAUAUUUCAAAUUAAGUUCACAAAAAUAUUCUCGACACUUGUCUGCUAUAAAACGUGAACAUUAUUCGUACUUUUUGAAAAAAAAACUAUUUCUACAAAAUAUUUCAAUAUAUAUAUCGGCUUUUACGAACCAUCCGAAUUUUAUAUAGCAGAGUGAAAAUUAAGAUAUAUAUAUACAUAUUAAUGCUUUCGACAUUGAAUGAAUAAUUUAUUAAAUAUCUUAUUUCUCUAAUUUUUUAUUUUUAUUUUUUUUUUUUUUUUUUUUUUUUAUAUAUAUAAAAAGAAUAAGCAUUUAUUACCAUUUUCUUGAUACUACAGGCGCUAAGUGUUGAAAAAUUGGAGGUCUAUUAUUACAAUGUCAUUGUAGACGCUUAGCAUUUGUGGAUUCAAUAGAGAUUUCGUAUUUUUAAUACCAGAUCCACCCAUUCUCAAUGCCGUAUCACAUUAACUUAGGAUUAUACAUAAAAGAAGAUUUAGACAGAGGUAAAGAUCGGCUAAAUGUGUUUCUCUGUCUGUAAAAGAAAAAAGAAAAAAGAAAAAAAGAGAGAGAAAAAAAACAAACAGCAUAAUAUACGAUUUUUGGAAAGAAGUGUUUUAUGUAUAAGUAGUGACGUACUGAUGAUAAAAGCUUACUAGCGAGAAAUGUUAAUGUUUUAUUUUUUAUAAUCAAAUAAUUUAUGAGAACAAUUACGAAGUAACAAUAUACAAUCCCGAAUAUCAUAUGCAUUUAGUCAACUUCUGAGCGGUUUUAAUCGAUGUACACAAAAUUAAAUACGUGUACAUCCAUGUAAAACAGAGUUUUCACGUUGUUGCUUAAUGAAUAAAAAAAUAAAUCCAACUAAAA